GUCCAUUGACGUUGAUAUUUAAAAUGGUUACUGUAGGUAAGCGUUAUGGUUAGGUAAAAGGGUAGGGACGUCCCAAGGAUCCCAGAUAGCAAUGUUUGGUGCUUCUGCGUCAUCAGAAGCAGUCUCACGCAUGCGUCUCUGUGAGCUUAAGUGUCAGCAGCGAGCUACAGGCAGCGGCAAAAGAAAACCAGGUACAGUCCAGUGCUAGCCUCGACCACCGCAAGGACACAGGGCACAUGAACAGUAGAAUGGCUGCGUCUUCGAGCAGGGUAAUGCUGGGGCCACUCGUUGCUGCCAUUGACCAGGGUACGAGCUCGACGCGGUUCCUGGUUUUCAAUGCUAAAACAGCCGAGCUCCUCAGUCACCACCAGGUUGAAAUCAACCAGAGUUUCCCCAAGGAAGGGUGGGUGGAGGAGGAUCCCAAAGAGAUCCUGCAGUCUGUGUAUGAGUGUAUGGAGAGAACCUGUGAGAAACUCACCCAGCUCAAUAUUGACAUCUCCAACAUCAAAGCCAUUGGAGUGACCAAUCAGAGAGAGACCACGUUGGUUUGGGACAAAGAGACAGGCGAGCCCCUCUACAAUGCUAUCGUGUGGCUGGACCUGCGGACCCAGUCGACCGUGGAGCGUCUGAUCAACAAGACACCUGGGAGGAACAAGAACCAUUUGAAGCACAAGACUGGUCUCCCAAUCAGUACGUACUUCAGUGCUGUGAAGCUUCGCUGGCUGAUGGAUAAUGUGGACGAGGUCGCUGAGGCAGUCCUGACACACAGAGCCAUGUUCGGCACCGUCGACUCCUGGCUCAUCUGGUGUCUGACAGGGGGGAAGAGUGGGGGAGUCCACUGCACAGACGUGACCAACGCCAGCAGGACCAUGCUGUUUAACAUCCACACCCUGGACUGGGACCCAGAGCUUUGCAAGUAUUUUGAUAUUCCAAUGGAGAUUCUCCCAAAAGUGAGGAGUUCCUCAGAAAUCUAUGGCUUAAUGAAAAUAUGUUCUAGCCUGAAAUCGGGCUCUCUUAGUGGCAUACCCAUCUCAGGGUGUCUUGGGGACCAAUCGGCUGCUCUCGUUGGACAGAUGUGCUUUCAGGAAGGGCAGGCCAAAAACACAUAUGGAACUGGCUGCUUUCUACUCAGAAACACUGGAGCCAAGCCUGUCAUGUCGGACCAUGGCCUACUAACCACGGUGGCCUACAAACUCGGUCGAGACAAACCUGCCUGCUACGCGCUAGAGGGCUCAGUGGCCAUAGCGGGGGCUGUGGUUCGCUGGCUGAAGGACAACCUGGGGAUCAUUCAGACUUCCACAGAGCUGGAGAAACUGGCGGCUUCAGUGGGCACGUCGUACGGUUGUUACUUUGUCCCGGCGUUCUCUGGUCUGUACGCUCCCUACUGGGAGCCCAGUGCACGAGGGAUAAUCUGUGGUCUGACUCAGUUCACUAACAAGAGUCACCUGGCCUUCGCUGCAUUGGAAGCUGUCUGUUUCCAGACUCGAGAGAUCCUGGAUGCGAUGAACCAGGACAGUGGCAUCCCUCUGACCCAGCUCCAGGUGGACGGGGGCAUGACCUCCAACAGACUACUGAUGCAGCUGCAAGCUGAUAUACUCUGCAUCCCCGUUGUGAAGCCCUCCAUGCCUGAGACCACUGCCCUGGGGGCGGCCAUGGCUGCGGGGGCAGCAGAGGGGGUCAGUGUCUGGAGCCUGCGUCCUGAGGACCUCAGUGAGGUCACCUCUGAGAAGUUUGAGCCACAAAUCAACCCUGAAGGUCAGGGAGCCUAUGAGAGUGAGUUUCGAUAUGCUCGCUGGAAGAAGGCCGUACAGAGAGCCAUGAACUGGGAAACCACUGAACCCAUCUCUAAUGGAAAUGGUGAAACUAGUAUCUUCAGUAGUGUCCCACUGGGCUUUUACAUUCUGGGUAGCAUGUUCAUGUUAAUUGGAGCAAAAUACAUCGCAGGUCACAAGUAGACUGUGGCCCGUGAUGCAUUGCAGUGGAUCAGAAGGGGCGGGUCCAGGAAAGGACACAUCCCGCUAUUCUUCAGUUUUCCCGGACUACUCCCUCCCGUACCUUUGGUUGAAUAGCCAAAACACAAACGCUCCAAUCCAACCGUUACCUGGGAACCCAACUGUUGGCCUGGAGCCCAGUGGCUGAUGGGAACUGUAGUGUGAUUAUGGACCCAGUAUGAAUAAAUCUGGUGUUUAGGAAUGAUGUUGCUCUA